GCGGCAAGAUCCCGCUAUCCCCGAACAAGCAUCGCGACCCCUUCGGCGAACUCCCCGCUUGGACCAUCUGGGCAGCCAAGCCGCAAGCAUGGCACAGUUGCGCGUGGAUUCGGCGCCCUCUGGGUGACGGUCGUUGGGGAUGCCAGUGUGGAGCGGCAUGGUACAUAGGAGCGGUUGUUUCCCUCGCCGGGGGGGACGUGGAGCUGCUUCAUCUCACCGUCGAGUGUAUUUGAGACCAGACUGGAACUAAAACUGGAACUGUCUUUGGAUAUUGGAUACAAUGGCGGCCGACGACGAAGAGCGUGUUCCCGGCAUCGGGAGCGAUGGGUUGCCCGACGUCGAAAAGCUCGGACGCCAGAGACCAGCCACAUUUGCGUCGACAUGGGCGGAAGUCGGCUUUGGCAUUGCCCUCUUGGGUUCCAUGUUGCUGGCUGAAUUCUUCGUCAGUGGCUUCCACAUCAUCCUCCCGCCCCUGGUCACGGAGCUGCACAUCCCGGCCGCCUCGCAGACAUGGCCGUCCAGCGUCUUCUCCCUCAUCACGGGCGCCUUCCUGCUGCCCAUGGGCCGCAUCGGCGACAAGUACGGCGGGUACGUGCUCUUCAAUGCCGGCCUGCUGUGGUUCUUCCUGUGGUGCCUCGUCGCCGGCUUCAGCAGGAACUACAUGAUGCUCAUCAUGUGCCGCGCCAUGCAGGGCUUCGGACCGGCUGCGUAUCUGCCCGGAGGCGUCAUGCUGCUCGGCAAGAUCUACCGCCCCGGUCCGCGCAAGAACCUCAUCUUUGCUUUGUAUGGUGCGUUUGCGCCACUGGGCUUCUUCCUGGGCAUCCUCGUCGGUGGGCUGUCGGCUGAGUUCAUGAGCUGGCGGUGGUACUUUUGGGUCGGGGCCAUUUCCGUCGGUGUCGUGGCUGCCAUAUCUCUGCUAACCAUUCCGUUCGACUUUCGCGAGCAGAGGCUUCCUGUUGACAUGGACUGGUGGGGGAUUGCCACGAUUGUCCCGGGACUGCUGCUCAUCGUGUAUGCCAUCACGGACAGCUCGCAUGCGCCGCAGGGCUGGAAGACGCCGUAUAUCAUUGUGACGUUGGUUCUCGGCGUCCUGUUUCUCAUUGGCGCAUGGUACGUCGAGACGCGGGUGUCCGCCAACCCUCUGCUGCCGGCAGAUCUAUUUUUGCCGCGGUACAUGACGCGCCUCAUGGUGUCCCUGUUCAUGGGCUACGGCACGUUUGGCCUGUUCCUCUUCUACUCGACCUUCUACAUUGAGCUUGUGCUGGACCAGCCGCCGCUGACCACGGCCAUCUGGUACAUCCCUCUUUUCGCGGGCGGCCUCAUCAUCGCUACUGUCGGAGGGUUCACGUUGCAUCUCCUGCCAGGGCGGCUGCUGCUUGUCAUCUCGGCGGUGGCCAAUCUCAUGUGCAUGCUGCUGUUCGCCAUCAUACCUGAGAACCCUAGCUACUGGGCGUACGUGUUUCCGUCCAUGCUAUGUGCGACGAUGGGGAUUGACAUCACCUACACGGUGAGCAACGUCUUUAUCACGACGAACUUGCCCAGCCACCUGCAAGGCCUUGCAGGGGCCGUGAUCAACAGCGUGUUGUUCCUGGGCAUUAGCUUCUGGCUAGGCAUUGCGGAUAUCGCAGUGGCACAGACGAGCCACCUGGGCCAGAGGCAGAGCUACAAGGUGGCGUUUUGGCUGGCCGUAGGCGUAGCAGCAUUGCCGCUGUUGCUAUUGCCGUUCCUCAAGAUUGGGUCGGCUAAGAGCGACCUCACGGUAGAAGAGCGACAGCGCCUUGAGGCUGAGGGACAGCCAACCGAGGAGACGGCAACUGCAGAGCCUGCAGAGACUGGGGAACCAGGAGCUGAGAAGCGUGCGGAAUGAUGGAUCGAAACACGGCAGUUGGACAUGCACCAGCAAGGGACAAGGAGCAAGGAGCAAGGGUUAGAGGGAUUUGAAUGAUGAUAACGGCCAAGACUCAAAAUAGAAUGCUACACUAGACUACUCUACUCAAUCCCAGAUGAGGGUUACCUCGCCCUGAUAUGCAGGCA